CCUAUCUCUACUUCACUUUUCUACUAUGGAUUCUGGAUGAACGCACCCCACCCCACUGUAACUAUCUUUAAAAGACACUAUAACAUGGCUGUAAUGUUUGGGAAACUACAGUUGGAAGAAUAUUUUUGGAUAUAUAUCAUUCUUUUCACCAUGUACUCAUAUUUUUCUUGAUUUUUUGGGGACAAAGCUCAGACAAUUCAGCACCCUUUCACGGGUUGCUGAUUCCAUACCUUGCAAUCUCUUCCACCGAUAUGCUAUUGGAGUAACAGUGACGAGAAUUUGGAUAGUCUGAGAAGGUUUGGACAUGAUGUCGUCCAAAUCGACCACAAACAAGACAAGCUGUUCUAGGAGCAGCUCUGCUAGGUCGCGGCAAGGCGCUCGUAUAGCUGCUCAGACCCCCAUUGAUGCCAAACUUCAUGUAGAUUUUGAACAGUCUGAACAACAAUUUGAUUACUCGAGUUCUGUUAAUGCAUCCAAUGCCGUUAGUGAUGUUCCUUCUUCAACAGUAUCAUCUUAUCUUCAGAGGAUGCAAAGGGGCAGCCUUGUUCAGCCAUUUGGUUGCUUAAUUGCAAUUGAUGAGCAGGACCUCAGGGUCUUAGCGUAUAGUGAGAAUGCGCCAGAAAUGCUAGACUUGGCACCACAUGCAGUUCCAAGCAUGGAACAACAGGAGAUUCUGAGUUUUGGCACUGAUGUUCGGACACUCUUCCGACCUUCAGGUGCUGCUGCGCUGCAAAAGGCAGCCAAUUUUGGGGAAGUUAACAUGCUUAAUCCAAUAUUGGUCCAUAGUAAAAGCUCUGGUAAACCCUUCUAUGCAAUUUUACAUCGCAUUGAUGUUGGAUUAGUUAUAGAUCUGGAACCUGUGAAUCCAUCCGACGUGCCAGUUACAGCUGCUGGGGCACUGAAAUCAUACAAGCUUGCAGCUAAAGCCAUCUCUAGGUUACAAUCUCUAUCAAGUGGGAAUAUAUCACUGUUGUGUGAUGUAUUGGUUAAAGAAGUAAAGGAUUUAACUGGUUAUGACCGCAUUAUGGUAUAUAAAUUUCAUGAUGAUGACCAUGGGGAAGUUGUUGCAGAGUGCCGCAGGCCUGACUUGGAACCUUAUCUUGGCUUAGAUUAUCCCGCCACUGAUAUACCACAAGCAUCAAGAUUCCUGUUCGUGAAGAAUAGGGUUCGGAUGAUAUGUGAUUGCCUUGCUAGGCCUGUUAAAGUAAUGCAAGAUGAGGCUUUGGCUCAACCCUUGAGUCUUGCCGGUUCCACCUUACGGCCGCCACAUGGGUGUCAUGCCCAAUAUAUGGCGAACAUGGGGUCUAUUGCAUCACUUGUGAUGUCUGUCAUGAUAAACGAAGAGGAUGAUGACACGGAUAGCAAUCAAGAAACGAGAAGAAAAUUGUGGGGUUUGGUGGUUUGCCACCAUACCAGCGCCAGGUUCAUCCCUUUUCCAUUGAGAUAUGCUUGUGAAUUCUUGGUUCAGGUUUUUGGUGUUCAAAUCAACAAGGAAGUUGAGUUGGCAGCUCAACUGAAGGAGAGGCAUAUUCUGCGCACUCAAACUGUGCUUUGUGAUAUGCUACUAAGAGAUGCUCCAAUGGGCAUUGUAACUCAGUCGCCCAAUGUUAUGGACCUUGUAAAGUGUGAUGGAGCUGCACUUUAUUACCGUAAGAAAUGCUGGUUGCUUGGGGUGACACCUACAGAGGCACAAAUUAAAGAUAUAGCUGAAUGGCUUCUAGAAUUCCAUGGCAACAGUACUGGAUUAAGCACUGAUAGCCUCAUGGAAGCAGGCUAUCCAGAUGCUUCAAUUCUUGGGGAUGCUGUCUGUGGAAUGGCUGUUGUGAAGAUAACUUCCAGUGAUUUCCUAUUCUGGUUUCGUUCCCAUACAGCAAAGGAGGUUAAGUGGGGUGGCGCUAAACAUGACCCUCAUGACAAAGAUGAUGGCAGCAAAAUGCACCCGAGGUCAUCAUUUAAGGCCUUCCUAGAGGUGGUUAAGAGGAGAAGUCUACCAUGGGAAGAUGUGGAAAUGGAUGCAAUCCAUUCGCUGCAGCUGAUAUUGAGAGGAUCUUUGCAAGAUAAGGUGGCAGAUGAAUCCAAAAUGAUUGUGAGUGUUCCAGCAGUCGACACAAGCAUUCAGAGGGUGGAUGAACUGCGUGUCGUGACUAAUGAAAUGGUUCGCCUCGUUGAAACUGCAUCAAUACCCAUUCUGGCUGUAGAUACCUCUGGUUAUAUCAAUGGCUGGAAUUCUAAAGUGGCUGAACUUACUGGUUUAGAUUUACAAAAAGCUCUUGGUAGACCUUUUCGUGAUCUGGUAGUUGAUGAUGCAGCUGACAGAUUGAAUCACAUUCUCACCCUAGCUUUGAAAGACAAGGACGAGAAGAAUGUAGAAAUCAAACUGAAAACAUUUGGUGCUCAGGAAAAAAAUGGUCCUGUUAUUUUGGUUGCUAAUGCAUGUUGCAGUCGAGAUGUGAAGGAAAAUAUAGUUGGUAUUUGCUUUGUUGGGCAAGAUGUUACUGCAGAAAGGAUGAUUUUGGACAAAUACAAUCGUGUACAAGGCGAUUAUGUCGGUAUUAUGAGGAACCCUUGUCCACUGAUUCCUCCUAUUUUUGUGAUGGAUGAAGAUGGCCGAUGCGUGGAGUGGAAUGAUGCAAUGCAAAAACUGUCUGGUCUAAAGAGGGAACAAGCCAUUGAGCAAAUGCUUCUGGGUGAGGUCUUCACAGUUCAUUCCUUUGGCUGCCAGGUCAAAGAUCAGGAUACUCUGACCAAGCUCAGAAUAUUGCUUCAUACUAUAAUUGCGGGCCAGAAUGCAGAUAAAGUGGUCUUUGGUUUUUUUGAUCAGCAGCAUAAAUAUGUAGAAGCAUUGGUUUCAGCAAACAGGAGAACCGAUUCGGAAGGCAGGAUUACUGGAGUGUUGUGCUUUCUGCAUGUUGCUAGCCCCGAACUUCAACAUGCAAUGGAGGUUCAAAAAGUCACUGAACAGGCAGCAGUAAAUACCCUAACAAAGUUGGCUUAUAUUCGAACUGAAAUGAGAAAUCCCUUGAGUGGGAUAAAGUGUCUCCAGAACAUGAUGAAAUUGUCAGAUUUGAGCAAAGAACAGAGGCAACUACUAAGGACUAGCGAAUUGUGUGGAGACCAGUUGGCCAAAAUCAUUGAUGACACUGAUAUUGAGGGCAUUGAAGAAAGUUAUAAUGAGAUGAAGUCUGAUGAAUUUAAUCUUGGGGAAGCUUUAGAAGUGGUCAUGAAUCAAGUUAUGAUUCUGAGUCAGGAGCGGCAGGUGCAGAUCAUGUAUGAUUUGCCGUCUGAAGUAUCGUCUAUUUUCCUGUAUGGUGAUAUACUGAGGCUUCAGCAAGUUCUUUCAGACUUUUUGGCUACUGCUCUCUUGUUUACUCCUGCUUUUGAAGGAUCGUCAAUUCUUUUCAAAAUAAUUCCAAGAAAGGAGAGUAUAGGAACAAAGAUGCAUGUCCUCCAUGUCGAAUUUCGGAUUACUCAUCCGGCUCCAGGGAUCCCUGAAGAGUUAAUACGAGAGAUGUUUUACUGCAACCAUAAUGUCUCCAAAGAAGGUCUUGGCCUCUACAUCAGCCAAAAACUUGUUAAGAUCAUGAACGGUUCUGUACAAUACCUCAGGGAGGCGGAGAAAGCAUCUUUCAUCAUUCUACUAGAAUUCCCAUUUGCUCACAAAAGUUGACUACUUCUGAUGAUUCCAGUAUGCAAAUAAUUACAACUGAUGUAAAAAAGUUCAUAUUUCAAGUGGAGGGCCUUCCCUCAAGUUGGUAACCUGAUUUUACAACUAAGUUAUUUGAGCCAUCAAAGACAAGAAACUUGUGAUGUGCUCCGUUUCCAGAACGGCCCAUAUGACUUCAAUAUCUUGAGCUGAAUCUAUCCACGGUUGUGCCUGUCGGGACUCACAAUAUGUAGACUCCAGCAUGUCGUUUCAGUUUCUGGAAUUCCAACCAUUUUCUGCAUCGAACUUUAGCUCAACAUUGGGGACUUCUCAGCCACCGUUGGAGCAGAACUUGACGACUCAUAUUUAUUAGUCCAUAAAGCCGAUAGGCUACAGCAAUCUAAGACUAGUUGUGAGCUAUUGAAGCCACAGAAGCUUUUCUUGAGGAAGACAGGUACCUUGUAAAUGUCUUUGUUGGAGAGCCCUUCAAGUUAGGUGACAAUUAGGCAUAGUUCACUCAACACAAAUAAUGCCUUGUGAAAGAUUACUGUUAUUGCUACUGUGUAACAGUUGGUAGUGGUUUACCAGUGUUUGAAAUUAUGAAAUGUGGUAAACUAGGAACAGUUAUGUAAUGCAAGGAUUCACUAACAUAAGUUACAAUAAAAUCAGGCAGAAUCUGUAUGGUUUCUGCCAAGUUAUGAGUU